AUGUACGAAGAAAUCGCAAAAAAUCUUGGGAUGAUGAGUGUUUUUGUGCUCCGCCAUGUGUUUAACGAAGAUGAAAUUAACGCCGCAUAUGAGGCGUUCUUGACCGACUACCCAUAUUGUUUUGACUACGAACUCCCUCCAGAAACAAAACUCACCGCAGAACAACUUUCCUCACUGAAACCAAUGAAAAUUGAACUUCAGAAGUCGUACGAAAUUAAAACAAUUCAAACAGCAGUCGACAGUAUAACACGAGAAGUUUCAAUUGAAGUCGCAAAAACAAGAACAGUUGGAAAAGAAAAGACCUCUCUUUUGGUUUACUCAGAAAUCUGUUGCGACAAAACUAACUACACCAUCUUCUCCCUGUUUAUAUGCCACUCAAAAACAGAUUUUAAGUCACUAACAUAUUUGAUGGAAUCGCUUUUGAACCACCUUUUUAAGACCAAAACCCCAAUUAGAGAAUUUGUUUCUGAGUAUCCACAUCUUGUGGAAAACAAUCUUCUCAAAGUUGACAGAGAGGCGAUCAACAAAAACCUCCCAAAAUGUGUUUUGCAAUACGACUUUUCCCACAUCAAAAACGCAGACGCAAAAACGAAGGAACUUGAAGUCUCCCAAACUUCAAAAUACAUCCAAAAUUGUGUUGUCUCACACACCCUCAAUCUGAGUCCUGAGAAAGUCGCCAAAAUAAUUUCGUAUUGUAAAACUAACAACCUCUCCGUUCAAGCAUUCUUCAUUUCUGUACUGCUGAAAACGUAUGACGAAUUGUUCGAAAAAACAAACGCGAACGAAGCAGACACCGUUGCGUUCAUGAUACCAUACGACACGAGAAAGUUGCUUCCAAAUACCAAACAAGAAACCAUCGGCGUCAUGGCCGAGGCUUUAUACCCAUUGUUCCCACUCAAUUUCCUCUCCAAAUCAGUUCUCGAGAUGGCGACCGAGUUGACCACAUAUGUCCUAAGUGUAGAUUCCAUGUCCACUCCGCUGUUCAACAGAUUCCGAGAUGGAAUUUACAAUGGUAAUUUCACUGCUGGGAUGUCGCCAUUCACCAUAUCAUUAUCUAACAUGGGUGGGUUUAAAGUUUUGGACCGAGUUGAGAAGCAAGUUUUAUCAGAGGUAUCUGCCAUUGGAUUCUCUGGGUGUAACCGUGUUGUCUGCGACCCAAACACAAAGGCCCUCAUGACUCAUUCAUAUCUUAUCGCAGAUGGUUCCUGCAAUGUUUCAAUGUCUUUUCCUUACACUGUAGUUCCUCAAAUUAUCCCCGCCCAAGUGCUCGCUCGUUUCGACGAGAUAAUCACAAACAUCAUCUAA